GCUGUCGUCCAGUAGUACUACAACAAUGUUCCUUGUCGUCUAGAAUUUCUAUUUUAGUAAGUUCUUAAGGAGGCAGCUCGAAAACCUUUGUAGCAUGAAAAUAUGUCGAAAAAUGCAAGCACCACGUAAUAAAAGAAAUGAGGUCAACUGAGUGUUAAAAGGAUGUGAGAUAAAGAUGACAGCAUACCUGUACAGGUAUUCUGGAACACUUUAACAACAAUGACACACCUGUAGGUCUACUUGUUCAACUGUGAAGAUGGAUGGAGAUAAGAUAUUGGAGAGCCUUGGCCGGUUCGGCCUAUUCCAGGUCCUCUUUUUCCUAUGUGUGUCCUUUAUCUACAUGAGAGGAGCCUGGCCAGUGAUGGCCAUUCUGUUUCUGGGAGGAGAUCCAGGUCACCACUGUAAGGUGCCUGUAAAUGAAUCAGUGGCAGUCAUUAUUCCUGUAGACUCAAAUGGAGACUUUGAAAAAUGUGUGAUGAAGUCUCUAACCCAGAAUCAAACCAAGUCAUGUGAUCAAGGCUGGACAUACGGAAGUGAAUUUGAUUCCACUAUAUUAACAGAGUGGGACCUGGUGUGUGAUAAUAAUUUCCUGGUGGAUUUGUCCUCUACAAUCUACAUGGUGGGGAACACACUGGGGGCUCUGUUUCUCACUCCGCUGUCUGACAAAUUUGGCAGGAAGUGGGUUAUUCUAGGAAUGCUGUGGAUACAAGGGGCCAUCGGUAUAGGAACAGCCUUUGCUAGCAGUUACGCCAUGUUCACUGUGUUAAGAUUUUUUAUAGCCUUACUAAACAUGCCUAUUGCCUUGACAACCUAUGUCAUGGUAACAGAGAUGUUUCCGGCAUCCAAUCGUUCCUUUCCCUCAGUGGGCAUUAACUGUUCCUGGGGGAUAGGGCUGGUGGUCUUGGCAGUAAUGGGUUACUUUAUACGAGACUGGAGAACUCUACAGCUUGUGAUCUCUGUGCCAAAUUUUCUUACCAUCAUUUAUGCCUGGUUUUUACCAGAAUCCAUUCGAUGGCUUAUAGCUAAAAAGAAAUAUAAUCAGGCUAAAACUGUGGCAAAGUUUGCUGCUAAAGUAAACAAUAAGGAGAUCCCAGCUGAACUGUUAGCUAUACAGGAACAGGAGCCGAUGGAAACCUCAGGUGUCGGUCAGAGCCAAGUGGGCCUCCUAAGGUCAAAGGACACAAGGAAAUAUACUGUGCUUGACCUCUUUAAGACCUCCAAAUUGAGGAGAUACACCUUAAUAAUGUUUUAUUUAUGGACAGCUGACAGUGUAUGUUAUUUUGGGAUUCUCUUUGCCACACCCCAACUCCAUGGUAACCAGUUCCUGAACCUUGGGAUCAGUGGGAUUGUCGAGAUCCCUGCUCUUAUUAUCUGCAUGUUCAUCAUUAACUGGGUUGGACGUAGAAGACCUGUCAUAUUUUUCCUGCUGUUGUCAGGGAUUAUGAACAUUAUUACUAUAUUCAUUCCCAAUAAAACAGAUUCUGGUGUUGACCUAGGCUGGUUACAGAUUACAGCAGCCAUGAUAGGAAAGUUCGGAAUUACCGGAGCAUAUUCUCUGUCUUACCUUUAUUCCUCAGAAAUCUUCCCCACAGUUGUCAGAAACCAUGCUCUGGGGCUAUCUUCAUUCUUUGAGAAUUUAGGAGGAAUAGCUGCCCCUCUGAUAGUUUAUGCAACCAGUAGCACCCAGUCCUACAUUCCUUUAGUUGUGUUCGGUGUUAUCAUGGUUGUAGGGGGAAUCUUAGCAUGCUUCCUCCCAGAGACCCACAAGAAACCCCUUCCUGAGACCAUUGAAGAUGUGGAACAUUUCACCAGAGGUGCAGCCACUCAGACUGAGAAUACAUAUCUCUGACCAGGUCAAGGUUACAUACCUGAUCAGGUGAAGGUCACCUAUCUCUGACCAGGUCAAGGUCACCCGGUGACAUAGGGUCACAAAGUUAAACAUGGAGUUCAUCCAGUUUCUUUACAAUUAACUUUGACAUUUAUUUCAACAGAAGAACAAAUCUGCCAAUGAUUGUGUCAGUUUUGUGCCAAGACAUUCACCACAACAGAUGUUUUUAGUGCUACCUGUUUUGAUCUCAUUGUUACAUAAGGACAUAUCUUGUAGUGUUUUAUUUAUUUUUGAUAGAAUUGUAUUACUGAUACCAGUGCUUAAUUGCUUUGUUUUGUUUUACUGCAUUUAUAUGUCAACAAAAUGUAGAUCUGAUCAUAUGGCAUUUAAAUUGCGUCCCUCAGGUGAUUUUUAUGUUGUAACAAUGCAUGUCUUCUUAUCACUUGUUUAACCAAUAUUUCAAAGACCACCAGAUCAAAAAGUUUAACAUUAAACAUUAUUUAGGGUUUAAUAUAAAAAUUUCAGCAUGUAUAGCAGAAUUGAUGUAGAGGGUCCAGAUAUACCGGUACAAAAUAUAUAUUAAAUGUCACCCCCCCCCUUUUAAUAUACACACAGGAUUUUUGAGGAGGGGCAUUGAUUAGUUUUACUUUUGGUUUACUUAUAUGACACAGAUACAUGUAAAUGGUAGGCUAGAUAAUUACAAAGAAUAGAUGAUAAAGACACUUCAUCAUUAUGGUUAUACAAGAGAUAAAAUGUCUCUAGAAUCAUUAAAUAGAGUUCGGACAAACAUCUUAUGAUACCAAGUUUGUUCAGGGUGUUUGGUAGACUUGUUAUGCUAGAUAAUGUAUUCCUGUAUAUGGGUGAGAGAUCUUUGAAACAAAGUUUAUGAUUUGUUUGCCAUCAGAGGCAGUAAUUUAUUUAAAGUUUGUUGUUUUUUAAGAGUUUUCCCGAUACUUUUAUUUUAUUCUUUGAUUGAUGUUUUAUGUUAUUUGCGUUAUUAGGGUCUUGCAUCGAAAUGUUGGUGCCUUAUCAUAGUGAUUGGGUCUGUUUAGCCGUAUAUCCUUUAAUCAAACGCUUUUAUGUGAUGUGAUGUGAUAAGUAACGUUCAAGUUAUAAACUUUUUAUUUAUUACAUAAGCGGAGGAUUGUUGGAAGAAUUCUUAGGUCACCUGACCCAUUGUCAAGGUUAAAAUAGCUUUUACCUUUUAUCUCGAAGUACAGUCAAACCUCCUGCUCUCAAACUUGAUGGCACCAGGGAAAACAGAGAAAUCUGAGGGUUCAAGAUAUUGAGAGUUUAAUAUAAAAAGAAAAGGGGAUUGUACAUACAUGUAUAUGUUUGUGAUAUAUCUUCAUAAAAGAUACCUAUAAAUUUUAGGAUCACUUUUUCAAAGGACACGGUUGUUAACAUGAUCAUUAUGAAUCAGAAGCUUGGAUAUUUUUUUAUGUAAUUUUUUUUUCUUACUACCAGUAUUAAAAACCACAUCUCUUGAAUGAAGGUCAAAGCCAAAGGUAUGAACAGCAGGGAAAAUGGGAAAUUCUUUGCUACUGAGUUUAUUAAGGAAGCAUAUACUCCUAUAAGCAUUAGGAUUUCAAUGGAACGGGAUUAAUACUUUUCAAAAUGAUCAGUGUUUAAUAAUAAUUAUCAUAUUUAUAAAAUAUUGUGUAUAUACAAUGUAACGUAAUGUUAUUAUAAGAUAGAAAGUCAAAUGCUUUUUAAGGGAGUUUUCUUGGGAACUGUUUUUUCAUGCGGAUGGAUUUCAUAAAAGAAAUGCAUACAAAUUUGCUUAUCUUAAUUUUAUAGUUGCUUUUAAACAUCUCCAAAAAUGAAGAAAUCAUUAUGCAUGCACAACUAUUUGUUCAAACAAAUAGUAGAGACUUUAAACUUAUUUAUCAAAUUUUAAGAUAAACCAUUUUAUGUUUUAAUUAUUUAAAAAAAAUGAAAUGUAACCCCAUUUUUUUGU